UUAUCUGAUCAUGGUCGAUGAUUGGUGAGAAAGCAUGGUCAGCGAAUUUCAUUAAUAGCGGAUAGCUAUCGUUAUCAAGUGAGCACAAUAAUGGAAGACUGUACUGCUACAACCUUUGCAAACCGCAGCUGACGUCAGUGUGAAGACCACUGCACUGCGAUUAGGACGGAUUUGUAUGGCGCCAGCCUGCUAGCUAGCUAUUUCAUGCACGAAGAGUGAACCUUCCAAGGUUCUGUGAAUAGCAUGAUGGGGUCCUUCAGCCGACAGGAGUUCUUCCAUGAGCUUGUGGAGGGCUGUCUUCUGCCCACCGCUCAGCAGGGCCUGGAGCAGGUCUGGCAGCUUCUGGUCAUCUGCCUUCUAUGCCGACUUCUCUGGAUUCUGGGCCUCCCAUCCUAUGUGAAACACCUGAGCACUGUGGCAGGAGGGUUCUACACCCUGUACCUGUUCUUUGAGCUCCACAUGGUGUGGGUGGUACUGCUCAGUCUACUGUGCUACCUCAUCCUCUUCCUCUGUCGACACUCCAGUAACCGGGCCACCUUCCUCUCCAUCACCAUCCUCAUCUACCUGCUCAUGGGAGAGCUACAUAUGAUGGACACCACCACCUGGCACAAAAUGAGAGGUUCCCAGAUGGUGGUUGCCAUGAAGGCCAUUUCUCUAGCCUUUGACCUGGAUCGGGGCGUGGUGGCUAAUGUGCCUUCUCCUGUGGAGUUCAUGGGCUAUAUCUACUUUGUUGGGACUAUCAUAUUUGGGCCCUGGAUCAGCUUUAACAGCUACAGAGAGGCUAUAGAGGGCCGCAAACUGAGUUUCUCCUGGAUAUGGAAAGUGUGUGUCAGCUGGGUGAAGAGCCAGCUGUGUCUGAUCACCUCUAACUGUGUUGCUCCCUACCUCUUCCCUUACUUCAUCCCCAUCUACGGAGACAAGCUGCUACGCAACAAAACAAAACGGAAGAUCAGAGCUUCUGUGGCAAGGUGGCUCCUGGCCUAUGAGAAUGCACUCUCAUUCCACUUCAGCAACUACUUUGUGGGUUACCUGAGUGAGACCACCACCACUCUGGCUGGAGCAGGCUUCACUGAGGAGAAAGACAACCUCAAAUGGGAUAUGACGAUUGCCAGGCCCUUGCAUGUGGAGUUUCCCAGGUCUAUGGUGGAGGUGGCCACCUCGUGGAAUCUGCCCAUGUCCAAAUGGCUCAACACCUAUGUUUUUACCAGUGCUCGCAACCUUGGAACCUUUUCAGCCAUCCUAGUGACAUACACAGCCAGUGCACUUCUACAUGGUCUCAGCUUCCACCUGGGUGCAGUGCUACUGUCUCUUGGGUUCAUCACGUAUAUUGAGCAUGUUUUGCGGAAGAGAUUGGCAGCCAUUUUUAAUGCGUGUAUUCUGUCAAAGAAAUGCCAGCCAAACUGCUCUCACAAGAACAAUAAGGUCCUGUGGGUGUACAUCAUUAACGUAGCCUUCAGCACCCUGGCUGUCUUCCACCUGGCAUACCUGGGCUCUCUGUUCAACUCCAGUGUUGACUACAUGGAUGAUGAUGAAGAGAGUGACGUGGCCAACCACACCAUUCAGAAGUGGUCGGAGCUGAGCUGGGCCAGCCACUGGGUGACGUUUGGCUGCUGGGUGCUCUACCGCAUCAUCCUCUAAAUGUGUGUCUGUAAGAGAGAGCGAGCUGGGGAUAGAGACUUGGAGAGAAAUGAACCACCCCUUUGUACAGUAUAUAAACUAUUUUACUCUAGACCAACAUGCAGUGCUCAGGACACCGCCUAAGAGAUUGGGCUAUCUACUUACUGUAACCUGCUGGUGACAAACUAUUUUUGAUACUCUUAAAAUAAUGCCCCACACUUCCUUAAUCGCUUAAUUUUGUUUUUAAUCACAUCAUUUUGUUUGAGCUUCUGCAUUCGUCCCUUGUGGAAAGACUGAUCAGGAUCUGCUAUCUGACAUCUCACUGUGAUUCUCAAUCAAUACCCAUCCUGUCAGCAUGGCAGUGGUCAUUCAUUCACCCUUUUAUGGACUGCUAAGAACUAGUUUUCAGAAGUGAUUCCAGAAUAUGCCAUUUAAGUAUUGUUUUCCUGUUUCUCUAUAUUAGAAUGCUAUAUAUUUUUCUAUUACAACCUAAUUUAGUUAUUACAUCUUUAGAGUAUGUAAAUAAAACCCAGGUUGGAGAUUAAGAAAGUUUCUGUUUGUAUGACAGCACAAAACAGAAUUAUUAGGCAGCAACUUUCCUUUUGUGGAAUUUAGUAGAAAUAUACGUUUUUUAAUUUUAUUUAUGGAAAUAAUCAUGUCAAUUGGUGCCAAAUUUUAGCCCGUUUUUCCAUUGUCCUGUUAAUAACUAUGUAACUGAUAUUUGACAAAUUAUUGUAGUUCAGUCAAGAAAGAAUACUAAAGUCUUUACUUGGUCAGUCAGAGUUCUUCAUGUUGCUGUAAAGCGGAUUAUGAAAAUACAUAACUUCCUGUUUUCGAUGCAAAAUGAAGAUGACGUUUGAAGUUGCAUCAGUAACUAAAGGCUUUGGUCAUUUUCUAUAUCCUGGUCUUUUAAAAAAAACAUGCUUUUAAGGAAAUGUAUUAUUUCUAAUGGAAUGCAUACUGCUCCUGAACAUACUGCACAUAAACUGAAUCGUACUGCUG